AUGGCAACGCAUCAUUAUCCCCAGCCAACGACGGGCGAGUAUAGCGAGAGCCCUCAGAUGCCUAUCGCCACAUCUGGGGCUGACGAUGCCCGUUAUUUCGAUCAACAUUCUCAAAACGAUAGCGUGGCAGCGGGUGUCAUGGAAGAAUACGCUGAGAAACCACCACCACCACCAAGACGACGAUUUUACAAGCAAAAGAAAUACUGGAUCGUUUGCGGUAUUCUGACGGCCAUCAUUGUGGUGGUCGUUGUGCUUUUAAUUGUCUUUGUAUUCUUCCCCAUGAUUGCACAAACCAUCAUGAACAAAGCUGGCAUCGAAGUUGGCAGUGCUGAUAUCACGUUUUCACCACCCAAUGACAGCAACCUCGCGAAACGUCAAGAACAAUACAACAUGAACGAGACAUUUUACAUGUCAAUGACCAGCAAAUUGACUGACACGGGUCCAUUCUCGGCAGACAUUAAAUUUCACAACCCGAUCAACGUCUACUACAACGACACUAUCCUCCUUGGCACACUCACUCUGCCUGAUACCCAUGUGUCGGGUGGUAGUGGUGAAUUGAAGGCUGUCACACCUUUCAUUAUCAAAGACACCAACGAGUUUUCAGCAUUCGCCAAAGAAAUGUUGGCCAAAGAAACCUUUGUUUGGAAGAUGAAGGGCAAACUUGACAUUACUGCACUUUCCAGAACUGCCACCGUGGAUCUUGAAAAAGACAUUGUCCUUAACGGCAAGUACUAG